GGAACUAGCUUCUACACUAACUGCAAACUUGGCAGAUUCGCAAAGGCCGUAUGGAUGUACCACCUUCAGAGGGCUCAGUGGUUGAACACAGAGAACAGUAUGUAUGUGAUCACGUGAAGACUGAGGAGGAUGAAGUUCCUAUAAAUAUGGUUACAGGUGAUGUUAAGACUGAAGUCACACUUAAUGCUAAACAGACUAAUGAUCUGGAAGCUGUGAAGCAGGAAAUCGGUGACAAUAUCAGUACAGGUGAUGUUAAGGUUGAAGUCACACCUAAUGCUGAACGGACUAAUGAUCUUGAAGCUGUGAAGCAGGAAAUCAGUGACAAUAUCAGCACAGGGGAAUUUAAAAACUGCAGUAAUCCUAGUCAUGGUGAAAGUACAUAUACUUGUUUCAAUCUUCUUCAAAACCAAAGAAGCCACGUGGGAAAUGUAUGUUCUGAAUAUGGCAAAUGUUUUUCCAGGAAAUCAAAUCUUUUAAGAGAGCAGAAAUUUCAUACAGGAGAUAUAGCAUUUUCAUGUUCUGAAUGUGGGAAAUGUUUUUCUCAUAAAUCAAAUCUUAUUAAGCAUCAAACAAUUCAUACAGGAGAGAAAUCCUUUUCAUGUUCUGAAUGUGGGAAAUGUUUUGCUCGGAAAUCAACUCUUAUUAACCAUCAGAAAAUUCAUACAGGAGAGAAAACAUUUUCAUGUUCUGAAUGUGGGAAAUGUUUUGCUCGAAAAUCAAGUCUUAUUGAGCAUCAGAAAGUUCAUACAGGAGAGAAAGCAUUUCCAUGUUCUGAAUGUGGGAAAUUAUUUGCUCAGAAAUCAAAGCUUAUUAGACAUCAGAAAGUUCAUACAGGAGAGAAAGCAUUUUCAUGUUAUAAAUGUGGGAAAUGUUUUGCUCAGAAAUCAACUCUUAUAAAGCAUCAGAAAAUUUAUACAGGAGAGAAAGCAUUUUCUUGUUCUGAAUGUGGGAAAUGUUUUGCUCACAAAUCAAAUCUUAUUACACACCAGACAAUUCAUACAGGAGAGAAAGCAUUUUCAUGUUCUGAAUGUGGGAAAUGUUUUGCUCGGAAAUCAAGUCUUAUUGAGCAUCAUAAAGUUCAUACAGGAGAGAAAGCAUUUCCAUGCUCUGAAUGUGGGAAAUGUUUUUCUAAGAAAGCACAUUUUAUUAGACAUCAGAAAAUUCAUACAGGAGAGAAAGCAUUUUCAUGUUCUGAAUGUGGGAAAUGUUUUGCUCGGAUAUCACAUCUUUUUAGGCAUCAGAAAAUGCAUACAGGAGAGAAAGCAGUUUCAUGUUCUGAAUGUGGGAAAUGUUUUUCUUGUAAAUCAAAUCUUAUAAAACAUCAGAAAAUUCACACAGGAGAGAAAGCAGUAUCAUGUUCUGUAUGUGGAAAAUGUUUGGUUCGGAAAUCAUCUCUUUUUAAGCAUCAGAAAAUUCAUACAGACGAGAAAACAUUUUCAUGUUCUGAAUGUGGGAAAUGUUUUGCUUGGAAAUCAAAUUUUGUUGCUCAUCAGAAAAUUCAUACAAAAAAAUAAACUCUUAUUAGGCAUCAGAAAAGCCAUAUUAAAUUAAAUAAAGUCAGGGAAAUCAGUUAAAGUACAUAAAACAAGUUGAGAUAGAUACAAAAUAUAAUAUGUACUUUAAUUUCUUUACCUGCAAAUUUAUACUGCAGUGCCUCCCCAUUAACCCUUUCUUUUUAGUUUCUGAAUUGUAAAGCUCUAAC